AUGAAUGACCGGCUCCUCCCAGCGCUUUUCUCUCCAACACAGCUCUUCCAUUGCCGCAACCAUCUCAGAAUCCAGUCAUUUCUGGCGCGCAUAGUUCGCAAACUCAAAGGCGUUCUCGAGAUGGUAAUCGUGAAGAUGCAGCGCCGAAUUCCAAACUUGGUACAAAAAAAGAUCAAGGCUACCACCAUUCAUAGAACUCAACUUUCUAUGUUUGGUUCGCCCAGUGGUUGCAAACACUCCUUACUCAAGAAAAUGAAGACGUCCAAGACCGCAAUCGUUGAAUCAAACUUAUCUGGCCGCGGUUGGGCGCGGUUGCUGUCAUUGCUCAAACCAUACGAGCUUCCUCAGGCUGCCCGAGCAUCCGAAAUCUUAGGACUGCCUCCCUGUGAUGAACAUAAGUAUCACGAUGUGGCAGUUGCGCAGGGAUGUCCACCAAAUCUAGGUUCUUAG